AUGGCAGAAAACAAGCUUCCCUGGAUUGAAACACCUCUGGUCUGGUCACGAUCAAUAUCGAAAGCAGCAGGAUGCAAUGUAUACCUCAAACUGGAGAACACACAACCCUCUGGAUCCUUCAAGAGUCGAGGCAUUGGUAACUUCCUCAAAGCACGACUCGCAGAGAGCGCAGCGCAAGGCCACGGAAAGCCGACUCACUUCUUUUGCUCCAGUGGUGGCAACGCUGGCCUAGCCUGCGUACAUGCAGCCGUUACACUGAGUUGCCCAGCGACGAUUGUCGUGCCGCUCUCGACAUCAGACUACAUGAUCCAGAAGCUCCGCGACGCUGGUGCGAAAGAUGUCAUCCAGAUCGGCAAGUCAUGGUUUGAAGCAGAUCAGUACUUGAAAGAGACUCUUCUACCUAAGGCAAGCGAGUCCGGCGAGAAUGCAGUCUACACUCCUCCGUUCGAUCAUCCGGAUAUCUGGGCGGGGAAUGCGACUGUGAUCGAUGAGAUUGCGAAACAAUUGCCCGAAGUUGACCGCCAUUAUCCUGUUGUUGCAAAGGAACCUAACAGCAUCUCUUCUGCCGCGCCUGAUGCCAUCGUCUGCUCCGUUGGCGGCGGAGGUCUCUUCAACGGCAUUAUGCAAGGUGUUGCGAAGAACUUCAGCUCCUCACCACCUCACAUUAUCGCCACUGAGACCUUCGGCGCCGACUCCCUCGCCCAAUCCUUCCAAGCAGGCGAACUCAUCACUCUUCCCGCCAUUACUUCCAUCGCCACUACCCUGGGCGCAAGAACAGUCUCGCGGCAAGCUUUCGAGUAUGCCAUGGAUAAGAAAGCCGUGACGUGUGCCGUGUUCGAAGACAAGGAUGCAGUCGAUGCAUGCAGACGCUUCGCGGAUGAUGAGAGAAUUUUGGUGGAGCCUAGUUGUGGGGUCGCUUUGGCGGUGUGUUAUAUGGGACGGUUGAAGCAAUUGAUGCCGCGGUUGACGGAGGACAGUAAGGUGGUUGUGGUGGUUUGUGGAGGGAGUGGGAUGAGUACGGAGAUUCUGAGGGGGUAUGUUGAGAAGUUCUUUCCACCCUAG